AGCGAUAGAGAAGGGCUUUUCUGAAAAGAACGGAAAAUAGUUAGGACGAGAGGGGAAAAAAACCAGCGAAGAGGAAGCAGGGGAUCGAAACCCUAGGCGCGGUCGGCGGCGCGCCGGAGUCCGUACACCGGGAGAGUGAUAAGCCUCACGUCCAUGAGCGAGAUCCGGUAAGAGGGCACCCUCUACACCAUCAACACCGUGGAACCCAGCUCCAGCAUCGGGCUCAGAAACGUUCGUUCAUUUGGAACUGAAGAUCGUAAGAAGGAUGGCCAGCAGAUUCCUGCCAGCAACAAGAUAUAUGAGUAAAUACUCUUUAGAGGAAGUGAUAUAAGGUGAAUUCUACCAGCAUAAUGACUCAAACCCUGCAAGGGAAAGUUAUGGCCUCCAAUGCACCGAGCAGCUUUUCUAUUCGGCAACAGAUGUCACCGAGCGAUUUUGAUAUGCUUCAGCCGGAUAACAUGGAUCAGUCUACCUCUCCGAUUCGCAGCAUUGUCAUUCAAAAAAUUGCAAGUUGCUUGGGAAAGAGGGAACUAUUUGCUAAAUUCAGCCCAGAUUACCUUCUGAAAAUUUCAAGAAACAUUGACGAAUUACUCUACAGAAGUGCUCCAAAGGUCCGUUACAUGGAUCUCGACACUCUAGAAGCUAGGGUGGAUGCUUUGCUCAGUUCUGUAUCGUAUAGAAACCACAGAGAUUCUUGGGUAUCUUCAGCAGCUGCAUCGACAAAGAAUUUACAUCAGCUGCCUGGGAUACAGAUGACGGACUCUAGUGUCUAUCAUGAUGUAGUUGCCCCUGGUUUUACUAACUUGCCUGCACGUGCAAGAGACGUGCCUACACAUACUAUGUUCACUUCUCAGAGAUAUUUACCACAUAAUUACAAUGUGGUAGCUGCUAAUUUUCCUCUUACAGUGAGGCCCGAAAGCUUUAGGACCACCAUAGUUUCUCCAUGUGUAUCAGUGCCUCCAAAAUGUAGUUCAGGCCUUGGUGGGACCGCCAGUGAUGGAUUGCCAAAUGGCCAUGUAAAGGACCAUUUUCCAGGUGAUGCUCAUCCUGUUGAUAGUCCAAUAUCAUCCAUGUCUGGGAGUUCCAGUCCUUUAUCAGCCGUGUGUGAUCCAACCACAAGUCCCAGUGCAAUGAUAAGAUCGUCGAUGGACUCUGUCUCUAAAGCAUCUGGACAAAAACUUUCUGCAGGUUCUGAUGUAUAUUCCACUGGUGAAGGACAAUCAUUUCAACAACAUAGAGAAUAUGAGAGAGAGUUAGAUGGUGCAUGGAGCCAGCCAGUAGAGCUGUCAAUUCAAUCAAAUAGGACAACUGAAAGGCAUGAAUUGUAUCUCAAAGGAGAAUGUCAUCUUGACAGAUGCAUGGAAGUGGAAGGGAAAUAUUGUCGUGUGUCAGACUGUGAAGAUUUGUGCAGGGAGAAAUACUCAAGUUUAAGCACACCCAGGGCCCAGUACCAGUGCUGCUUCAUGACAGAUUGUGAUCCUUGUGACCCUGAGAGAGAAAGAGUUGGGAGAUCUGAGCAGACAUCAAAUAGCACAGUGUCAAAGCCAUCUUCAACUGUUUCAGAUGAAUCUUAUGGCAAGCGUCCAGCAAAACGCCUGAAAGCUGAUGUUCCCAGUCUUGUCAAUGUCAAUCAAGCAGAGAGUCCAAAAGAGCAAAAGCCUGUUGUGAAUGAGAAUCAUGCAUAUGGUGAAACAGUACAAUCAGAAAUCACGGAAUUACCUACAAAGUCACCUUGCAGUUCGUCAGGUGACAUUAAUGCUGACACCAAUAAUACGCUAGAACAGGGUAGUGAAGAUGUACAUAACAUGGAUGUUGUUGCAGAAGAAGAAUUGCACUGUGUAAAGGGUGACAUUGAGAUGAAAGACUCUAAGACUGUUGCAUUGGAUCAGACAGCGAAUCAGGUCAAUAUAAGUUCCAGGAGAAAAAGAGGGGCUUCUAUACUUUACGCAUUAACUGCUGAGGAGCUUAGAGAUCACUUGAGUAGUCUAAUAAACCAGCAUACUUGUCUGAGCAAGGUGAUAUCUCAAGAAAUCCAAUUAAUCGAAGGCUUGCCUGAUCAGAAUACAUGCAGUUUCUGUGGGAUGGAGAGGCUUCUUUUUGAACCACCUCCGCGAUUUUGUGCUCUCUGUUUCAAAAUAAUAAAUUCUACAGGGUGCUAUUAUGCUGAAGUUGAAAAUGGAAAGGAUAAAACUUCUAUUUGUAGCAAAUGCCACCAUCUAAGCAGUUCCAGAGCUAAAUAUGUGAAGAGAUUCAAUUAUGCUGAAACAGAUGCUGAGGCUGAAUGGUGGGUCCAGUGUGACAAAUGCAAAGCUUGGCAGCAUGAAAUCUGUGCUCUUUUUAACAGAAAGUGUGAAGGGGCGAAGGCUGAAUAUACUUGUGCAAAAUGUUUUUUGAAAGAAAAAGAUAGUGGAGACAUUCAUGCACUGGAGUCAUCCACUGUUCUUGGAGCACGGGAGUUACCAAGAACUAAACUAAGUGAUCAUAUUGAGCAGAGGCUUUCUGAGAGGCUUGAGCAGGACAGGCAACAGAGGGCAAACGCCUCAGCAAAAGGUGCUGAAGAGGUACCACGAGUUGAAGGUCUUGCAGUUAGAGUAGUAUCUUCAGCUGACAGAGUACUGCAAGUUCAACCUCGUUUUCAUGAUUUUUUUAAACAAGAAAAGUAUCCUGGAGAAUUUCCAUACAAAUCAAAGGCAAUUCUCUUGUUUCAAAAGAUUGAAGGUGUGGAUGUUUGCCUGUUCGCCAUGUAUGUACAAGAGUACGGUUCAGAUUGCCCAUCACCAAAUCAAAGGCAUGUUUAUCUUGCAUAUAUCGACUCUGUCAAGUACUUCAGGCCUGAAAUCAAAUCUGCAAGUGGGGAGGCUCUCCGUACUUUUGUCUAUCAUGAAAUUUUGAUUGGUUAUCUGGACUACUGCAAGAAACGAGGAUUCGUAAGUUGUUCCAUUUGGACUUGCCCAUCUACGAAGCGUGAUG